CCCUUUAGUGAGUGGACUGACCUUUGUUUCCAAUGGCCAACACAGACAGACGUGUCUUUGAUGAUCGGUGAAUUCAUGAGGCCUCGAGAGGUGCUAUAAGAUGAGGCUAUUUGAAAAGAUGUGUCCAUAAGACCCCGGAACUGUCACUUCAUCCUUAACAAUGCCUGGAGCCAGACUAAACAAGAAGCUUCUUCUGUGCGGAUUCUUCGUGGCAACCUUUUCAGUCUUUGGCUGGAUGAGACUCUUAUUCUUGAUCAACUCCUAUGAGUUCAAACCUAGAAGACACGCUCCUGGGAUGACAAGCUUGUUCAGCACAACAGUACCGUACCACACGGACUGGUAUAGACAGCACUGUUUUGGGAACACAAAAGAAAAUUUCACCAUAGGUAAACUGGAAGGUCUACUGGAAGGAUGGCAUUCAGCACAGCACCCAGGCUGCAGAGAGUUACACAAAAUAUUCGACGACAUAUAUGAAGUAACAAGAAAGUCUGGCCAGGUUGUGAUACCGGACACCUUCCAAACAAAAGUGCUGAAGUGGCUGGGAAAUAAUUAUGACUUACUGAAGGAUGUUAAACUACAGUUCGUGACCACUGUGUUCAACCUGAUCACACAUGAGAGUUCUGUCUUCAACCCCAUCCGCUCCAAAAGACCCGGAGUUGCAACAGCAGACAAAGAUGUAGCAAUCUAUGUGGAUGAGUUGGCCAAAGAGACAGAGAAUGACUGUGACUUCUGUGCAUACCAAUUUAAAACAGCAGAAGACACAUUUGGCAGGGUAGAAUCCACGCACUCCGCCACUGCGGCAAACACCUUCAAGUACGACAGUUUCCACGCCAUCAUCCUCCUGAAGACCCAUCAUCCCACAGCCUUCACUGAGGAACAGUUCAUGGACUUCACUAACACUGCCAUGAAAUGGUUCAUGAAGUGUUACGACACAGACAAGCAGUACCGCUACCCCCACCUGAUGUGGGACAGUCUGCCCAAGGCCAGCGCCAGUCAGGUUCACCCACAUGCACAGGCUAGUCUCAGUGCUGCCAGGCAUUACGGUAUAAUGGAACACAUCCGCCUGUCAGCAGAGCACUAUGCAGAUCAACAUGAUGGCAGCAACUACUUUUCACACCUUUUACAGAUCCACAAUGCACUUGGGUUGACCACUUUCCUUGGCAAUGCCUCCGCUAUGGCUUACCUGACUCCAAAGAAAGACCAUGAAGUCUUCAUCAUGAGCCGUACAUCUGGAGAGGACUUCUUCAGACUUAUCUACUACACCAUAAGGACUUUUAUAGACAACCUGAAACGUCCAGCCUUCAGCAUGGCCAUGUUUUUACCCAGACUGGAGCCGUUCAGUGCACCCACAUCAGAGGACAUCCCUGCUGUAGCCAGGAUCAUCACACGCGGUCCUCCUGACAACCCUAGGAACGACAUCAGUGCCAUGGAACUCUUCGCAGCAUCCAAUGUGAAUGUGGACCCUUUUACAGUUAUCCAGCACAUUAAGAACACCAUAAGUAGAAACAAAAAGACAGCACAGCCAUCCCCACAUGUAGACAAUGUCUUGAUUGAUCAGAAGAAAGAAGAUGCACCACAGGCAACUCAGGACAAGCCAGGGAUCAAACAAGACAGCAAAGAUGCAGAAAAUCAAGUACAAGAACAUCAAGAAGUAUUGUGACCACUCGGACAAAAAUUUGUCAAGUUUUCCUCGUUUUCAAGAAAAUACAUAUUUUAUUAAGCCCCUGUCACAUAUAGCUGACUAUGACCACCACUACUACUGACCAAGGUCAUCAUACAUGUCUUGCAUUGUCUUGUCUUUAAAAGUUGUCUGUGCCAACUGAUAAAUGCGUUAUGACAAAUAAAAUGCAGAAAAGCCAUAUUCCUCUUAUAUGCAAGAAGAAGACUGAACUGAAGCUAUAGUAGAAUGGAUUUCAGUCUAAUCCCGACCCAAUGCCAAUUGUUUGCUUCGGUCCCGUUUUCAAGUGGGCUGGGUCGGGAUGUUUGUGGAAACGAAAAGAUAGAAGUUACUAUCAUGGAAUAUACAGAAAUUAUUCUCAUAACUGAUUUUAUUACGUUCUGCGUGUUUUGUUGUCUCUUCUAUUGUACCUUUCGUUACCAAAAGCUGCACGGCUGGGACCUGGUUUGGAAAUGUUACCUUCAUUAGCGAGUGGUUUGGGAUCACAGUUAUGGGCAGGUUCUGAUAGAAUGUGUGACAAGGGCUUUACUUUGCAAUAGUUUCACUUGUCUUCCAAAAUAUAAGGCUCAAAAGUUUUGUCACAAAGUAAAAGGUGCAAAAAGGUGGUAUGUUAUAACAAGACAGCUGAAUUUAGUAUGUCACAUACACAGCUAUCCCCCCCAAAAUCCUCAGUUUGCCAACAUAUGACAAUCAUACAGCUUAUGUGCCCACACACAAAGACAAGUAAGAGAUAGGGAAGAAAUUUUGGUUCAGUGUAUGAUUAGAGGUGUAAAGGGAAACUUACAUGUUUUAAAAAGGUGGUCUAUGUAAAGUUAACAUACAUGUAUAAGGUCCAACAUUUGUUUUCGUGUGGAAAACUUGCAAGAGGAUACAAUAUUGGUUUCUAUCAACCAAUCUGCAGUUAGCAUGUUCUUAAGGCUCCUAAAUGUUUUCUUAAGUUGCCCCUUUGGGUAUUGAUGCAGUACCUGAGUACACAGACUGAUCAUGUUAUAUUACCCGUCAUUACAAAUUGCUGAUUUUGCAUUCCAGUCGAACCCAAGUAUCAGUACUAUUUUAUUCAUUACAUGUAUGUGCAGACAAAAUGCUGCAAAACUGAGAUUAAUACAGCUUUGCCUGUACUAUUGAGAUUUAGAUCUUGUGUGAUUGAAUUGAUUAUUAUUGAUUGAUAUAUAGUUGCAGUCAUGCAUCAUGCAAAAAGGAAUUGAAAAGAACUCUUAUAGAAAUAUUACAGAAAAUAAACUUUUAUUGAUACAUGUA